AUGAGCUCGGGCGGGGACGUGGACCCGCCCCCCGCGGCGCACAAGACGGCGGUGCCGCCCCCGGCCAUGCCGCCGGGCGCCGGCCUGGGGGCGGCGGGGGCGGGCCUGGGCGUGGGCGGCGCGGGCCGCCUGCCGCUCGACUUCCGCAACGGCGACCUGGUGUCGCGCCUGCUGGCCGCCACGCCGCCCUACCUUUACAACAUGCCGCUCGUGCCGCACUCCUUCUUCUUCAGCGAGAUGCUGCGCAGCUUCGUGCAGGCCAAGGCGGCCGACGUGGGCGGCGGCGGGGGCGGCGGCGGCGGCGGCGGCGGCGGCGGCGGCGGCAUGGGCGCCGGACCGGGCGCGGGCUCGCGUGUGUGUGUCUGGCACGUGGAGAGCCCGGGCCGAACGCCUGCCACCUGUUGUCAGGCUCCCAGCCGGCGCAGCCGCAAGCGGUCGUGGCGAGAGAGCAAGAUGCUGUCGGUGGCGCCCCCGCCGCCCCCGGCGCCGCCGCUGGACAAGCCGCUGGAGCUGACGACGACGUCGCGGCCGCCGCCCGCGCACGGCGCCUGCUCGCCGCGCGACGAGAAGCCGCCACCGCCGUCUCUGUCGCCCGCGCUGCCGCCCCCGCCGCCCCCGCAGCUGAUGCUGCCGCCGCCGCUGCUGCCGCCCCCGCCGUCCUCGCACGACUCCUCGCCCACGCUGCCUCCGCCGCCCGACAUGCUGCUGCCCCCGCCACCUCCUAUCUGGUACCCGCCGUUGUACCCGCUGGCGCCACCGCAGCAUCACCACGCUCCGCCGCCGCCAUACGGAAUCGACCCUCUGCACUUCUUCAUCGACCUGCGCGUCUCCGGACACAUAUGGGACAGAAAGCAGCGGCCCGCCUCCGUGGGGCUGGUCAAGCACACAAAGCACUGCUCGGCCUUCAGCGUGCCGCAGCCGCAGCCGCAAGCCCAGCUGCAGAGGGCGUCGCCGCCCUGCCCCGCCAGGCACUCGCGGCGCGGGCCGCACUACCUGCUGCACAACCUGGCGCGCAUCUACAAGGACGUGCGCGGCCAGGCAGCGGCGUGCUCGUCGCCGAUGCGGGAGGCCGCUUCCCCGCUGUCGUCUUCGACGUCGGCGUCGGCCUCCGGGGGCGGCAGCGGGGGCGGCAAGGCCUCCUGCAAGGACCUGCGCGCGCUCAUCGGGCUCGAGCUGGUGGUCGACUACGUCAAGCACGAGCACGGCGGGCGGCGCCGCGGGGGCGACGACGACCGUGGCUGCUCUAGCUGGCCGGCCGGCCUCUGCGGUGAACAUUCACUGCCCGCCGGCGCCUUGGAACCACAGCCGUCCGUGACGCGGAUGUUUCGUCGCCUCCUGCCGGGAAGCUCUCGUUCCAUGUGGCUACCACAUGGACUCAUUUUCCUCGAGUCUCGCGCAGUAAAUGCUUUCUUCGUCAAUUUUAUCACAGAUCACAAGCGUGCAUAA